AUGGGUAAAGGAGACGAAUAUCGCCCACCGGACUCUACAUCGGGCAAGUGGACCAAUAUAAAUAAAAAAUGCACGAACUUUCAAACCGUGUACCAACGCACGUUUGCCGGAUGGAAAAGUGGAAGUAAGGACGAAUACAUUAUACAAGCGGCAUUGGUCGAGUAUACGGAUGCUAAUGGCCAUUUCCAGUACAUGAGGUGUUGGCAAAUCCUUCGCCAUAGCCCCAAAUGGGCCAACAUAUCUACUUUGAGUGGUCGUUCGGGAAAUAAACGGCCGUCAAAGAGGUCCAAAACAAACGAGUCGGGUGAACCCGAAACGCCAACCUCCGACACUCGAGACACCGAGUUGAACGAGGAUAUUCCGGAUGACGAGCCGGUGGAGGAGCUACCAAGACCGCCCAGAAGAAGUAAGCGAGCGAAAAAGCCCGAGUCGUCAUCGAUGUCUAUGGGAACGGAUAUGAGUAACGCAUUUUCGGAGAUAAACAAGCGACUUCAAGACAUACACGAACUCGGUACUACGGAUGACCUUAGACGAUUUCAGUCAAAUGACAAGAUAGAAGUUAAGUUUGAUAGGUUAUGGAUUGAUUUGGGGGAUGGAUUUUAUGGCUGA